CAGUAUGCCGCCUGUUGCUUGCUGUAUACCUACUUAUACAAACAUUUGAGAAUAAUGUUGCUACCAUUAGCUUUGGUUUUCGCCUUUCUGGCUUCAGUCCUCGUGGAAAACGAUGCUUCUGUUGACCAGUGGGUCUACAACCCGCGGAGCGAUUACGUCCAAAAUACCGAGCAUCUCAGAGACAACUGCUGCAUCAUACCAACCUGCGACGAUUCUGGUCAUUGCUAUGAAACCCUCAGUUGUGGCUAUAUCUGCAGCCACGGUCGGUACCGUCCAGCAACAAAUUACGGCUUCACACCUGGAUAUCGCCUGAAGGAAUACUACACCAAGGAAGACUGUCGCUUUGGUGAAUGCAAAAUGUAUAAGUUCUUGUGUAGCCACUGCCCCAGUCCGAAAGAACGGGAUUUUAAUAUUUACACCGUCAGGAAAGAUUGUAAGAAUUGUUAUUCCUACAUGUAGACCAAGGUGUAAAGAGGAUGUUGAAGUUAAAAAAUCUAGUCACAAAUGGAUUACGUUCAUUUGUUUGUCAGGAUUGUAAAAUUAAGAAGAAGUGUUGACUUGACCCGAGAGAAAUAUUAAAUUCUACAAUUUUAAUUAAUAAAUCUUAGUUUUUCGUUUUUGUAAUAUUGCUUUUGUAAAAUUAUUUAUUAUUAUUAUUAAGUACUUAUGCUAUUGUUCUUGUA